GUUUGAUAUCAAGUGCAACGGCCGCGUACUGACUUGAAUUCCAAGGUCGUGCGGAUCCAAAAUCGUUGUUCAAAUCAGUCUAUUUUUGCUCAGUUAGUGACUUCUGAACUGAAGUCUAUACUCUGAGGUGUCCCUCGUAUCUCUACUUAUCUAUCUCAUGACCACUCCAAUAACAUCCUGUAUGAACGAAUCACAGUUUUCAGAAGUCUACCCACCAUCUGAGGAUUCCUACUUAUUUUUGGAUGCUUUAGAGUUGGAUUCUGGAUUUUUGUCCGAAUUGAGGCCCACUUUAACUCUUGAAGUUGGAAGCGGUAGUGGAGUUAUCAGUGCAUUCUUUUGCUCAUCCAUUUCAAAACCACUCUUCCACAUAUGCACCGACAUAUCCCUCACUGCAUGUUACGCUUCUCUACGUGUGCUGAACGUUAAUGUUCCUAGUACAUCGGUGACAUAUGAUGCAAUUAAUUGUUCUUUAGCAACCCCCAUCUUGUCUAGACUAUAUAAAAGUGUGGAUUUAGUCAUGUUUAAUCCUCCCUAUGUACCGACAACGUCAGACGAACACAAAGCUGCUAGUUCGACUAUAGUUGCCUCAUGGUCUGGUGGGCGACUGGGAAGAGAAGUAAGACUACUUUGCUGGUUUUUUGGUUCAGUUAAAAGUUAUAAACUUGUCGUUCCAAAUCUUCCUGCAGGCAUAAGCAUAUUUUUGGUGUUUUUUAGAUAAACUCAGUGUGUGUAACAAUUGAUUUAACUUCACCGGUCUUGAGUCAACAUCACAGAAAUCAAUGGAUAUUACAGAACUUAAUCCAAGUUUAGUAUCUUAUUUGGAUGUUGUGCACUGAAGUCCAUUUUGAACAUCUGUAGCUGUAUUUUAAAAAGUCCACUCUCUGUGUUAGUACUUUCUCAUUAUUCCUUUUGUUGAUAGUUCUGUACUUUGUUAUGUAAUUGUGUUGUAUACCGAAACCGUUAUUCAACAUGAAAAUAUAUUAGAUUGCCUGUUAGACAGUAUCUUGAGGAUAGCAAUGAAUAAAGUAGAAGGUUCAUUUUGGAGAUUAUAUAUGAGAUUACCAAGUGUCGUCUUUCCCUGCAUUUCGAAUUUCCUAUCUGUAAGCACUAAUUUGCUAGCUUAAGUCACUUGCUCCUAAAACUUGUUCUAUUGAGCUGAGAUUAAUAUGAUCUUUUGGAACUCUCACAAAUAAAUGUACUAGAUGUAUUAAACGCUUGCUGAAGAUUUCCCCAUGUUCCUUUAUACCAUAAUUUGCUUGUGGUGUGUCAAAUAAAAUGGUUUAUAUUUUUCGUCCUUCCUUCAACCCCCUUAUUUGUAUAUUGCGUUUUCUUAACUGAAUUUCAGGUGAUUGACCCAUUUUUAAGUCAAGCUUACAGUUUGCUCUCACCGCACGGCUGCAUUUACUUACUGUUAUCGAAAGACAACUGCCCUGAAGAAGUACAUCUUAUGAUGAAAAAGUUGUCCAAUGGAAGAGUCCGUGCAAAAGAAAUUCUUCAUAGACGAGUUCAUAAUGAAUUUUUAACUGUAUUUCGCUAUAGCUGUUGAUAUUUAUAAAUAAACGAAAUAUAACAACUUGCAUUCCAUUAUGAACUGUGACUUAUUCACGGAAGUAUAGUUAUGCAGACAAACUUAUCUUUCAGUGUGAAUCGUCUCACAAAUAUAAGUUUAAAUAACUGCAUCUUGGAACAGCAUACUGUACCAGUGGUCAUUUCAAAGUUGUUUUUGACGAUCCACAGGACUCCCUUAUUAGCUUUAGAAAAAACUUACACAUCCUUACUUUUGACAUACAAUCACUAGGUCACAUAUUAUUGUGAAACUAUGAAAUAAUCAUCACCGUACUACCAAUCAGAGGUGGGGCCUUUGUCAUCUAAUUAUACAUGUGUCUGGGAACCCUACAUUAAUAGCGUUGAAAUCGUAUGAUAUACCUUACUGCGAUGAAAUCGAACCAUAUACUAGCCCCUCACUUAUAUGAUCUUCAUAAUGGCUAUAGAUUCUGUAAAGGGUCGCUUUAUCAUAUGGUAUAGUGCCUUUCCCGUGUUCCAUAUUUGAUCCUUCUGCUCUCAUUUGACUGUCUACCAUUAACUAACGAUGUCAGUUGUAAUGGCCUUGUAUUAUAAUUAUGCUUUUAGUCCUCAAUUAUCUUUUAAUUUUACUGAGAGAAUAUAAUAAUUGGGUUAGUG